AUGAAGCCCGACGAGAAGGAGGCGGAGAACAUCCGCGUGGCUGUGCGAUGUCGCCCCAUGAACGAGCGCGAAAAUCGCGAGCAGGCGGUCUCGUGCUUUACCUGCGGACCGAACGGCACGGCCGUGCUCACGAACAUGGAGAACCCGACAGAGAAGCACGAGUUCGGCUUCGACUUUGUGUAUGGAUGCGACUCGAAGCAGGAGACGGUAUUCGAGGACAUCGGUAUGCCCCUGCUGGACCGAGCGUUCGGGGGCUACAACGGCACCAUCUUUGCCUACGGACAGACGGGAAGUGGCAAGUCUUUCAGCAUGACAGGUGUAACUGGGGGCCCGGAGGCGCUAGAAGGUCUCAUUCCUCGUGUAAACCGCGCCAUCUUCGAGCGUGUGGCCAAGGAGCGCGUCGAGAGCCCCAACAAGCGCUUUCUAGUUGAAUGCUCCUUCUUCGAGAUCUACAACGAAAUCAUCUACGACUUGCUCGACUCGAGUGGCAACGGCAAGAAGAAUAAAGGCGGAUUGGAGAUCAAGGAGCACUCGGUACUGGGGAUCUACGUGAAAGAUCUCCAGGAGCGCGUCGUGGAAACUAGAGAAGAGAUUGUCGAGCUUAUGGCGUUAGGAGCUCAGUCACGGACAGUCGGCUAUACACAGAUGAACGCUGAGAGCUCCCGUUCCCACUCCAUCUUCACGAUCAAGAUCCACCAAAAAGACGCAGACGAUGAGACGAAGAGCGUGUUCGCUAAGAUCAAUUUGGUCGAUCUGGCUGGCUCUGAGCGCGCUGCAUCGACUGGAGCUCAAGGGGAUCGUCUUCGUGAAGGAGCCAACAUCAACAAAUCUCUAAGUGCCUUGGGCAACGUCAUCAAUGCGCUGGUGGAGGCCUCACGAGCCGGCAAGAAGGUGUUUAUUCCGUACCGUAACUCGAAGCUCACGCGUGUCUUGCAAGAAUCCCUCGGUGGCAACAGUCUCUGCUCGAUGUUGGCCACUCUUUCGCCUGCUAACAUCAACUUUCCAGAGACGUUGAGUACUCUCAAAUACGCGAGUCGCGCGAAGAGUAUCAAGGUGAAUGCCAAGAAGAAUGAGGCGUCGUCGCAGAUCUCGCAGCUUAACGAGGAGAUUGCAGCGCUCAAGCAGAAGCUCCAGGAGCAAAUGGAAGCCACACUCGGUCUCGACCCGAAGGAGAAGGAUGAGAUCGUGAAGAAGUAUGAGAAACAAAUUCAGGAGAUGGAUCGGGUGAGGCUGCAGACGUGGGAGGACAAGGCCAAGCUCUCCAAGCAGCACGAGAUGGAGCGAAAGAAACUCGCUCGAGAGCGUGCACUGGCUGAUCAGCGUAUUCGUGAGGAGCGUACCAAGAAGUGGCGGCUACUGGAAGAGAAAGGAGAUUUGGAGCUAAUGAUGCGCGCGCUUCGUGACCUGGAUGGCAAUAAUGCGUCCACUGCCGAUGCCAACGCAGCAUCCGUAGCUGUGCAGUGGCUCGAGACCGCCCAGAAGGUGAAGACCAUGGAGGGGGAGGCCAAAGACCUGCGUACACUCAUUCAAGUAUUCCGAGACUCAUUACAGAAAGACGUGGAGGUCUGGGCUAGACGCUGUGGCUUGAAUCAAGACAGCAGCAGUAACUCGAAGUCCACCAAGAACCUUCUGCCUCAGCGUCGUGAAGACUCAGCCGCAGCAUCAGCAGCUCACAUGACCGCGAGUCAAAUGGGCAGCAAACUGCAGAAUAUCGGCGAUGAGAGCGAAAAGCUGCUUGCUCUGGAGGGCCAACUCGUGAGUGACCGCAGUGCGUUGAUCAACACGAUGACCAGGGAAUUGCUCCGACUGAAGACGCGCCACGCCCAACUCAAAGCGGAACAAGCUGCAGCAACUGCAGCUGCGGCGGGGAAGACGACACCAAAUGCCGCUCAAGCGGCAAAGGCUGCUAAGGAAGAGGAACAGGUUCUCGAAGAGCGCGAACGGGGUCUUACAAUCACUUUGGCGUUGGUGCGAACGCAGCGCUCAGCUCUAGUUGAGUCCAUUAAGAGCGACCGCCAAAGAAUCUUCGAGCUCGCUACCGUGACUAAGCACUUCGCGAGCUUUGCCGACCAGCACAUUGUUUUAUCUCAAGGUGCUGCCUCUAAAACUCCCGAGGUGGCUCAGCAGCUCGCUCGCUGGGAAGAGGCAAAAACCAAGCUCUUAGCUGUAUCAAAAGCUUGGGAGGACACUUGGAAGGCAAAAGCUACUGCAUCAAAGAAUACCAGCUCUACGGAAUACGUGGGGGAUGGAGAAGUAGCAGCACUUGGGGUGGAGUCACGACUACUACCGGACGAAUGCUUCUCAGCCUCUUCAAAGACUCAAGAUGCGAAGCUUGCCAGGUUAAAUGGUUCGCAGUGCUGGGUCCCUGAUGCUCAAGACGCAGCACCGUCGCUCGUCAUCGACUUCGAGCUUCCUCGCAUCUUUGAUUCAGUAUCUGUUCGCGGUGGUAAGGUGCAACCCGGUGGAGCUUCAGGAUCUUCAGCCGAGGCAAGAGCAGCGACACCAGCAGGUGGUAGCAGCACUCCAGCCCCAGCACCAGUGUCAACUUUCACAUUGGCAAACACUGGGGAUCUGCAGGCAGCAAGAGCUCGAUACAAACUCGAUCAGGUCACCGGAUCGAACGAGCCGACGUACGAGCUUCUAGCACAUGUCAUGUCGUGGCAAGAUCUGCUCAAGACGGACGUCAUUCCUGUCAAACUGUUCGCGCGGCCGCCUGUGCGAUUCCUCCACGACGUGAUCUCUGCAGUCAUGCGAAACACAGGCUUCGCUACUGAAGCAGUUUCUGCGGCACAGCGUGACUACGCACAGCUUGCUACCAAGACAGAACGCGCAGAGUAUCUAUCCGCCGUUCUUGACCACGUUCAAGCUUGGUAUCAGCGUCAGCAGCAGAGCGUCGAGAACUCUCCCAGCGUGAUCAUUGCAGCUACGACCUCCAACAUCCUAGCGGGGAAGGAGCCGACUGACACCGUCCAGUUCUUGGGAUAUUUCGCACUAGCGGCGAUGGACCACGCUGUACAGCACCCGCCAGUAGCUGUCCAAGAGCCAAGUACUGCUGAGGCUGCGCCAGCAAGUGAGACGGAAGCAGGACCUGAAACAGACCCAGCUACACCGCAGAACGGCUGGGUGACUCGCCUUCGGGUCGCUGCGAGUUUUACGGGUGCUGCCGGAGACUGGCGGGUCUUGGGCGAGUUUGAUGCCAACACAGAUGCUGACGGAACGGUCUCCAUAGCUCUAGCUGGAGACCCCAAGGCGGUGGAUGGAAGCCGAGCAGGCCGCUACCUGCAGCUCACGUGUGUUAAGUGGCAUCACCGCGCAGCGCUGCAGUGCGAGGUGUUUGGCCGCGAGGCACACGAGAGCAGUGCGAUGGCUCAGAAUAUUCAAGCAUUAGCAUCCAAGGCUCGGGCGCUACUGGAGCAGCUUCGUCACACCGCGGCGCUCGUGUUGGAAGAAGCUCGCGCGUUGUAUGACCGCGCCAAGGCGGCUGAGAGUGAGAAGCAUGCGCAGCUAGCAAGUUACGGCGAGGAGCUAGCGAAGCUGAGAGCUGCGAGUGCAGCUUGGGAGAAACAACAGCAUGAGAUGCAGGAGCAGCACGCCCACCUCUCAGCUCAGCUGGAGACAGCAAACCAGCGUGCCGAUCGGGAGAAAGCUCGUGGAGAUGCACUUCAAGGCGACUUGACGCAGGCCACGAGUCAAGGAGAGGAGUUUAAGCGACGCGGGGAUACGCUGCAGACCCAGCUCAGUGAGAAGGAGCAUCAGAUACAGACGCUGUCGAUGCAGACUGGUGAACAGAAGCGCGCGCACGAGGCACUGCAGCAGACCAAGCAGCAGCUUGAGGAGUUGGCGACCAAUUUGCGAGCUCAGUUGACGAACAACCAGCAGCAGCAGGACGCAACUCAGCAGGAAGGCCAGUCACGCAUAGCUGAGCUCAACGGAGAGCUCAUGUCCGUGCGUGUUCAGCUAGAUGAACAGCGCCGAGCACUGGAAGCUGCCGAGCUGCAAGCCAAGGAGCAGGAGGCUUUUGGACAGCAACAGUAUUCCUUACUGCAGCAAACGCGGGCUGCGCUAAUGGAGAAGGAGGCCGAGGCGGAUGCCAAGCUUAAGGCCCGUGCAGCCGAGAGUGAAGCCGCCAUCCGCGCGCUGCACGAUGAGCACGAUCGCGUGAAGCAAGAGCUUGAGCGCGCGUUGGCGGCUGAGACUCUGCUCAAGUUAGCAGCAGGCAGACUAGAAGCCCAAUGCUGCGCUGCUGGAGCUGAAUUGGACAACUGGAGGCGUCGGGCGGAAGCUGCGGAGACUGAGGUUCAAGCUCAGGCUCAAGCACUUAGUGCUGCUGGUACUGAAGCUAACGGAGCUAGCAGUGACAACACUGAAUCUGAAGCAGCAGCGCGGGGAAAUGAGAGGCUUCUACUGGAGGCGCAGACAAACGAACUUCGUAGACUCGCUGAGCUGGAAAAGAUGGAGGCGAAGGUGCAGAGUCUAGAGCGUGAACUGGCAGCCAGCGAGGAGAAGACCCGUCAAAUCGAGCAAGCACUGCUCGAGUCGGCCCAGCGCGUGAAAGAGCUGGAAGAGACCGAGGAAGAACUGCAGCUGCAGUUGCAGGUGGUCACUGACGAACGAGACUCGGCUCGUCAAAAGGAAGAGCAGCUCUUUGCUGAGACGAAUGAGAAGGAUCAGGAGAUCGAGCGGAUUCGUGACGGCUAUGUGUGGGUGACGGACCGCAUGAACUCGAAAGAGGACGAGUUAAGUGAGCUCCAGGAACAGUUGGAGCGCUAUCAAUCUCUGCUCGAGAUGACGGGGAGUAAAGUUACAGGAGCUGACAGCGCAGUAUCCUCAAAACCCAAGGAAGACAAACUCGGUGCUGAGAUUACCAAGCUUUAUGUUCUGGCUAUCGGGUCGACGAACGGAAUCACUGGAAGUGACGCCAUGAUAGCAAAACUUGCAGAAUGGAUUGAGGUGGCGAAACAGCCAACGAUAGAGGAGCCGAAACAACAGCCACCACAGCAACAGCAACAAAACCAAAACGAACCUACCAUUCCCAAGGAACCUGAAAGUGUCCCAGUCAAGUCUACGGUGACAGCGCCUGUCGAAGUAGCCAAGGUUGAAGUACAACCGGCCGUUCUACCUAAUAACAACGCGCCAGCCGCGGAAGAUGAAGCAGACUAUGAUGACGAUUUCGACGAGGCCGACGAGACGGACGAAGCUCGCAAGGCCCGACGAAAAUCAACCGCCACCAAUUAG